AUGUUAUUGUUAAGGACCAUUAUAUCCAUUGUUGGCAUUGUCAUGGUUGCUAAUUUUGAACUUUGUUUCUGUGGAUGUGCCCGUGCUGAAUAUGAGAUAAAUGGAGAAUGUUGCCCUAUGUGUGCUCCCGGAAACCGUGUUUAUUGGCAUUGCACUGUGGAUACCAGUACAACUUGUGUACCAUGUCCUGCAUCAACGUACACAGACGAACCCAACGGACUCACGGCAUGUUUUUCCUGCACUGUGUGUGAUGCGGUCCAAGGACUAAGAGUGCUAAAGGCCUGCACACGCUCUGCAGACACAAUUUGUGAGCCACAUGAAGGAUUUCACUGCAUUCAACCAAAUAAACGGAGCUGUGAAUUAGCUGUGGAACACUCUAAAUGUAAACCUGGAAAAUAUAUUAAACAAACAGGAACAUCAUUUGCUGAUACUGUAUGUGCUGACUGCACAGAUGGCACUUAUUCAAAUGGAUCUCUUAUGGCCUGCCAACCACAUUCAAAAAAGGAGAGACUUCGUUGA